AUGCCGAUAAUCAGUCAAUAUCCGGACGUAUUUCCGGAGGAGUUGGGGUCACUGCCACCCGAAAGGGAGAUUGAAUUUAAGGUUGAUCUAGUACCCGGAACUACUCCCAUUUCGAAAAUCCCUUAUCGAAUAGCACAUGCUGAGCUUAAGGAGUUAAAGGUGCAAUUGCAAGACUUGCUAGAAUGGGGAUUCAUACAAGAGAGCGAGUCACCAUGGGGAGCUCCAGUGCUAUUUGUUAAAAAGAAGGACGGGAGUUUAAGGUUAUGCAUUGAUUAUCGAGGGUUGAAUGCAUUCUUAGAAGAUUAUGAUUGCAUGAUUAACUAUCAUCCCGGAAAGGUCAAUGUUGUAGCAGAUGCUUUAAGUCGAAAGGCUCAACUAGCAAGUUCCAUGGUGAGAGAGUGGAGCUUGUUAGAAGAUGUAUGUGAGUGGAAACCUCGUCUGGAACCGAAGAAGGUGAUUUUUGGAAAUAUUGAGGUGAAGUCAACACUGUUGGAUCGAAUUAAAGAGGGCCAAGUGAAGGAUCCAAUGGUGCAAAAGUGGGUGGAAAAAGUGAAGAAAGGAGAGUUGCCUUACUUUAACCUAGGUCCUGAUGGAACCUUAAAGUUUCGAAAUCGUGUCGUUGUACCUAGGGAUGAGGAGUUAAAGAGGGAGAUUUUGGAAGAAUCUCACCGCUCUAGGUCUGUUACAGCCUUUAGAGAUCCCUGA